CCCCAGAUGGCGCGGAUAGCAUGAUGAUCCACACCAGCUUUUAGGAAAGACUUCACAGUUUCUACGUUUUCCUGAUUAUCUAAUCCACCCUGUCCCAUUUAAGCGCGAGAGCCUGUGAAAGAAUAAAUGAAUCGAGCAAUCGGACAGCUCCUUAGAAUACAAGCUCUUGUGGACUCGGGUCAAAUCCUUGCGAGAAGCAUGUCAACGAUGAAUCCAGUAGAGACCAGUAUACGGGAAAAGUUAAGUCUGGAGUUACAGCCUGUGCACCUCGAUGUGAUGAAUGAGAGUUACAUGCACAAUGUACCAAAAGGAUCAGAAAGCCAUUUUAAAGUUGUGGUUGUUUCAGAAAAAUUCACUGGGCUCCCUUUAAUCAAAAGACACCGACUGGUCAACCAUGUGCUACAGGAAGAGCUAGAGAAAACUGUUCAUGCAUUAUCAAUUACUGCUAAGACACCAGAACAAUGGGAAAAUUCAAACCAAACAGUUCACAAAUCGCCACCUUGUCGAGGAGGAGCAGGCAAAUAGAUGCAGUUGAAGCAAUUGUCUUUGUAUAAUGUAUAUAUUUUGUAGAUAUUGCAAAUUAAAGGUACCAGAACGUUAUAAAGAA